AUGGGCCUGACGUCGCCUCCGACCUGGUUUGUCCUCUUUUUUCUCUUUUCUCCCCUAACAUACACGUCAUUACAGUCUGGCACCCUGAGUUCUCCUGUUGAGGUGGUCCACGAAGUUGUUGUCACUCUGGAGCAGAUUGCCGGAGAGCCCAACACGCCUCGCCAUGUAGAGGCCAAGAAGAAGCUGAUGAGCAACAUGGCCAGGGAUGCUGGCACCUGGAACAAGAAUCAUCCCCGCCAUCGCCUUCUCGACGCUCUUUACGGAUUCAGCAAGUACCACGAGCGCCAAAAGGUUGAGCUUGACCGAUUCGAAGGUUUUUACAAGCAUGUCACCAAGUCUCAGCGAGCUUUACUUGAAAAGGAACUUCAGUACUCCAAGAAGUUUGCCCGCUUCGAUACCCUCCUCACCAAGAACCAAGACCUCUGCAACCGUAUUGUCCAGAAUGCCAUGGAGUACUACGAAAUCGGCCAAGCUGAGUUCCAGAAGCAUGCCAAGGAAAUUGAGGCUUCCGGGAGGACUGCCGACCGUGUCUCUGUCUCCCAGGCUCUGAAGCAUUACGUCCGUGACUGGACUGAGGAGGGUGCCUCUGAGAGGAAUGGCCCCUUUUCCUGUCUGAUGAAGACCUUGGAAGGUUUCUUCCCCGAGCGAGACGGAGCUGCUCCUAUCAAGGCUUUGGUUCCAGGAUCUGGUCUUGGAAGGCUGGGCCAUGAUAUUGCUAGACUCGGAGGUUUCGAAGUAACCAUGAAUGAGUGGUCCAUGUACAUGAACCUCGCCUACCGCCUUGUCGAAGCCAACAGAGCCCGCAACUCCAUGUCCUGGCACCCCUUUGUCGAGGGCUGGUCACACCACAUCUCCGAAGCAGACAUGACCCGAGAACUUCUCUUUCCUGAUGUUGGCGUCAACGCCAGCUCUGUGGUUCUUGUUGAAGGUGACUUUACCACCGCCUUCAUCGGCAAGCGGGGCAAGUUCGACGUCGUUGUCACAUACUUUUUCAUCGAUACGGCUCGCAACCUCAUGAGCUACCUCGAGACAAUCAAGAGGUACCUCGACACGGAAGAAUCCUGCGGACCUUUGACAUUGCCUGAGAGAAAGGUUAGGAGCAUGGAGGCUGUCUACGGAUUCAACAACAAGGCUUUGACCAAGAGCGCGUACAAUGCGCAGUUUUGGGUUGCCAAGAGGUCUAUGAAGGACUAA